AACACGGAAGUCUAUAAUUUGUAAGAUACUUACAUGUACCGUCGUAAGUUCGCAUUGCAAUUGGACAGAAUUUAUUUUCUUCGUAAGAGGAAAUUCCAACGGUGAUCCUCAUCGAAUCAAUAUGGCAUCCUUGUUGUAUCGGAUAGGACGAUUUCUUCCUCUCUAUAUCAAUCACAAUAAUCAUCCAAGAUUAUAGAGGAAAUUUUUGAAGAUAAUUAGAACUAACCUAAGUACAGGAUAUAUCAAGAGAUAGAGAAAAAAAGUCGUGAGAAAAAUAAUUUUUGCGAAGUAAAGGAAGCCACGUGUUUAAUCCAAGGAAGAAAGAAAGAAAGAAAUAAAUAAAUAUAGUUAUUAAGCGAGGCCAGAAGAUAAUGGCGUAAUUGAGAUAUAGAGAAUGAGAGAAGAAAAAAAAAUGAAAGAAAAGGAUAAAAGGUAUUGCCUGCAUCGUUUUAACAUCGCUUGCGUCUCGCUCCGUUUUUCUCUCGCGGUAUAUCCAACUUCACGACAAUCUCCUCUCUCUCUUUUUCUUCUCUUUGAAUUGUGCCUGAAGUGACCUUCGAUCCAACAAAAAACGCUAUCUUUUUCUUUUUAAUUUCCAAUUUUUUCCUUGUAUAUCACGAAUUUAUUGACUAAAUUCUUUGAGACCGGCUAAUUUGAUCGGGAAAUUUUUUGAAACAACGCGUCUUUUUAACUCGACGACAACGACAACGCGCAUACGCGAUCCAAAGUGUAGGUCGAGAACUGAAUUUUCAACUCCUAUUGCUCUUUCUCUUUAUGCUCACCUGUCUACCUUCGUCAGGUGAUGCAGAGGGCACCACCUUCCUUUAAUGUUCUUUUUACUUGUAUAUAAAGAAGUGAUCUUUGAUUUUUUUUCUCUUUCGAAUUUUUAUUUUCAUUUUUAUUUUUAUUUGCAUAUUGAGCAUAACUAUGACUUUGAUUUAUUUAAAUCAUUUUACAAUUUGAUAAAAUUAUUUACUUUCUUAAUAGAUAUAUAUUUUAGAUUUAAUAGAGAUUUAUUCUCUUAAAUAGAUCUCUUUCGAAAGCCGAUUAUCGUUUAGAAUACUUCUUGAAAUUUUAGUAUGAACUUUCGGGAAAACAGGAAAAUAUUUUGAAUUCGUUCUGUCCAUUCGAAAAUAUUUUCGUUUUAUUUUGAUAUGAAAUAUGUCUGGUGACGUUGUUAUAAAAAAGGUUACCAAAAAAAAAAAUCAAAGACAAGGAUUUGCAAAAAAUAAAACUCAGUUUAUUUACUUUAACGUUCUCUCUAUUCUUUGUGAUAGGUUCUCAAAUAACGAGCUUCGGCUUUACUGUCUUUUACAAAUAUCAGGAAUGCUGGUGUUCCACCACGAACCAAAAAUCUGCAAAAAUUAUAUUAACACGAUUUUAGAGAAUGAGACAUUUUUAGUAAAUAAUUUUUAUCAAUUUUCAAACUAACUGUUCGUCCGUUAAUAUCUUUCCAAGCGUUUCUGAAAUGUCCACUUUAUGUAGAGAAAUUUUAUCUUUUCCUUCGAAAUAUAUUGCUACGGUAUCAGGGUUAUACUGAUGUUGAAUAUCCCAUGGUGGUGGGGAAAAAUAUAAUUCUUCUAAUUGUUCUUUUAUACUAGAAAUACGUUGUAAAAAAAGAUAAAUUAUUAUUCAAUAGUUAUGGUAUAAAAAUUAUUUUUGUAAUUGAUAAAAAACAUACGUAAUAUCCUCGUGAAAAUUUUGUACAAAAUCAGUUUCUUGGAAUUCAGGAUAUAAAAAUAUUACUGGCCAUACAAGCUUGUUAUUACCAUCUAAGUGUACUUUACUUUGCAUCAAUUCUGGUAUCUUAGAUUCCAAAUCUUUCAAAUUUGGAAUUUUGUCACCAUCAAGCAAUUCUAAUUUAAUGCCUCUACUUUUGAUGGUAGAUAAUAAUUCUUCUUCUUCUUUAGAAAGUUUUGCUGCUUCUUUUUUCUGUUUCCUUUGGUCACGGUAUGAGGUUUUCUAUUAUAAAUUAGAUAAUUAAUGUAAAUUUAAUUAUUAUUGUAUAAGAUAACUUAUCUGUUCAGUAGAUUUGUCAUAACAAUGAUCUUACAUCACUCAAUAUAAUCUGUCUUUUUAAAUCCAAUAUAGCCCUCUCUUCUGGGAAAAUACGUAGGAUUUUAUCGCAUAAUUCGUUACACUGUUCAAAGUCUUUUACCCUGAAACAACAUCUAGCGGCUCUUUCCAAGGAUUUAGCGUAAUCUGAUUUCAAUUUUAUUGCUUGUUUACUGUCAUUUAAACUACACCUACAACAUAUAUUUAACAUAAUUAUGAAAUAUUCUAUAACGUAUUUAAUUUAAGAGCAUUGAUUUAAGCAAACAACUAUACCGAUAAUUUUGAAGCAUAUAAUGUGCAGUAGCUCUAUUAUUGUAAAGUUGUGCCAAUAAUUCUUGGUCUUUGCAUUUGGUUCUGAUACCUUCUGUAUAACUUAUAAUAGACAUACGAUAUUGUCCAUUAUUGAAAUUGAAGUUUCCAUCGUCUUUAUAACUUUUAGCUAAUUCUGUAGAAAUAAAAUUAAUCUAUAUAGAAAUAAUUUCAAAUAUUCAAAUAUUCUUAUAUUCAAUAUAAAUACAAACGUUCAGGAGUAUUUUCUUCCGAUGAAUAUUUAAGCUGCUGUAAGCCUUCCACAAGAGGAGAUAGUGGCUGUCCAGGUUCUGGAGCUUUCUUCAUAAAGAAUGGAUGAUUUUCUAAUUCUUCUAGCAUACUCUCUUCAGUGUAUCCAUCUUUAAAAGUUCUCUUUUCUAAUUGACUUAUAAAAUCAUCCAAUUGCCCGUCCAAUUUAGUAGCAAGCUCCAAGCGUUCAUCGUAGGUCCAAAUUUUCUUUUUGUUCUUGUUAUCCAUGGUUUCUUUUAUUUAUUAUUGUGUUAUAUAUUUAUCAAAAUUGUAGUAUAUAAUGAAAUAAUGGUUGGUGGUAGUAACAAAAUAACCGUUCUGUGUACAAUAAGGAAUAAUAUAGAAUAAUUCUGAUCACCCAAACUUGAGAAUAUAUACUACUUCCAAAAAGAACUAGUUCCGUUACACCAGCCACAAGAAAUGUAGAUAGAGAAUUAUAUUCCUUGCGGUUAGUUUCGAUACAUUUCAUGAGAUGUCGCUAAUCGUAUAUUCAACGUUUUUAACUUUUCUUUUUUUUCUUUUUUUAUUAUUACAAAGAAUAAAAUAAGAAUUGUCGUGACAGCAAUAAGGGAUAAAUUGUAUUUCAAACAAUAUUGCAUCUAUUAUAUAUUAAAUUAAAGAGGACAUCGUUGGUUAAACAAACUAUAUAAACUAGAUUAGAUUUUAAAUUUGAAAAUUGUACCGUUUGAAAAUGUUAGUUUGAAACAGUUCGUUAUAUCCUUGAUCGUAUGUAAAUAUCGAGACAAACAUAUGUAUCGAGAAGUAUAAUUUAAAAUUAAUAUCAACAGAAAAAAAUAAGGAUUAAAAUAGACGAGAGAGAGAGUGAGAGAGAAAGAGAGAGAGAGAGAGAGAGAGAGAGAGAGAGAGAAAGAGAGAGAGAUAACAGGGUAUCAAAAGUAAGAGCAAUCAGAUAUUAUAUUUAGGCGGCAGAAGGGGAAAGUUUCGAUUGCUCUCGGCUUUCCGAAAGCGGGGUCUCUUUGUCCAAUCACUCAAAGAUUCACGGCAAGAUGGCGCUCGGUGAGAGGCGUUCGACGAUUGGUCGAUUAGACGACACGCGAAGUUGCCGAGAGCAGUCGCUCUCACGUCCUCGUAGCGGGCGCGUCGAAUACGUUCCUGGGUUCGUUUGUGUGAUAGUGAAAGAUAGAGAGAGAGAGAGAGAGAGAGAAAGAGAGAGAGAGAUAGGAGAUAUAUCGUGCGCGUUCCUUUUCUCAUCACAGUCUGUUCUCUCUCUCCCUCCCAUUUCUGUCUGUCGUUCGGUGCCGUCUGCGCUCUCGCUCCCACCCGGCCAACUGCAAGUAGGAAGCCAGGCAGCAGCCACCCUCUCUCGCUUUGUACCCUCGCAACGGUGGUAGCGACGACGAUGCGAGAAACGUAAUGGCCACCGUGGGCCUAGGAUAGAUAAAAGAGAGGAAUUCCUUUUCUCUUUGAAUCUUUGUCGGCCUGGUCUUCUUUUAUCGAAAGUGUCGUGCAAGAAAGAAACGACAUAGAAUCGGUAUUACGAGAAAGAUAGACAGAGAGAAAGAAAGAGAGAGAGAGAGAGAGAGAGAGAGAAGACCGUUCGGACGUUAGUCCGUUUCUUUCGUCGCGGUCUGUCGGUGAAAAGUGCGUGAGCAAGAAACAAGAGAAGAAGAAGAAGAGAAGAAGAAGAUAAGCACCGUUGUUGGUGCAUCCUUAGUGUUACUUAUGUGUGCCAGCCAUUAUCGAACGUACUUCGCUCCAACUAUCCCCGAGGUGCGGAGGACGGGAUUGGAUUAUAUUAUAUCAUUUUGCCUUAUCGUCCAGUACAUCGCGGAUUCUACCCUCCGUACCGAGGAACCAUCGGAAAAUGAGGUUCGAGAAACGACGGGAUAGUUCGGAUCAAUGACUUACUUCGCUUCCUUCCAACGUCCUAACGACGUCCUAUUAUUAGGACAUCGUUCAUUGUUCACCGAUCAUAAUAGCUACCGCUGUUGAUCGUAAAGAAAUGUAUCGGCUUUCUAAUCGAUGGAUCAAGGAUUAAAUAAACCGCAUUCAUCUCGCAUAUACAAACGGCGCGCAUGAAGCAUGAAAAAAUAUCACGGAUUUCUUCUAUGCACCUUCGACGAAUAUUGGAAGAUCAGUCUCCGUUUGAUAUUUGGAAUCGAAUGUUCCUCGAGGAUAUUUAUCUGUGAUGAUCUCGAAUAGAGAUAACGUUGGAUCAAGAAAACCAAGCACGAGGAUAUCUCCCACAGGUCGAAAUAAAUAAGUUUCUUUUUUUUUUUUUUUUUUUUUCUUUUUUUUUUUCUUUCUUCUUCAGAAAGAUAACUUUUCGGCCAUGCCAUUAUAAUAGAAGUCAAACAAAGUGCUCUACCACGAUCUUUUAUUCAUCCCUAUCGGAUGAUUUCAAUUCGAGUAAAAGAAUUGAUCGGGCUAUGAUAAAGCUGGGAGAUAUUCGAUUGAUAUUGGAGUCUGGUGGUCAAAUUAAUACCAGUCACUGUGGAACAAAAUGUGAUGGGCUAAUUGAAUGCUAUUAACCUGUCAAGAUAUUACGAAUGAGUGAGAAGAACACACACGCACCCACACACACAUAUAUAUAUAUAUAUAUAUAUAUAUAUAUAUAUAAAUAUAUAAAUAAUUAUAAGUCUAAGAAUGUAGAAAUAUCUAUGAAAGAUUUAUUGACUGAUUUGAGAUUCUAAAAAUGACGAAAAUACCUACGAAUACUAGAGCGAUGAUGCUCGGUAGGUAAGAAAAGGACUGGCACUUUUUUCUCUUUUCAUUUCCCAGCCCAUGAACGAUAAAUAUUGAAUAAUUCAAAGGAAGAUCUUUUUCGCUCUUCCGAUGCGUCAAUAAAAGAGAAAGGCGCAAAUGGGAAUAGAAUAGUAAUCUCAAAGACUGGUCCUCGUAAGUGUCCUUAUUUCGAGAAUCCUCCCUACCGUUGUCUUCUCUAGGUCGUUACUAUCUGCCUAUUACUACUACUACUACUAGUACUACUACUAUUAUUACUAUUGCUGGUACCACCACCACCACCACCACUACCAUCUUGGCUCUUCGUCGGCACUCCUUUCUCCCGGUUAUGGAAUGAGCCGGCGUUCGAAUACUUGGACGUUCGCGGGCUCGCAUAAACAUUAUCGAGCAUCAUGAUAGGAACGAUGCGCUUACUUCUCUCGUCAUUUUUAAUUACCAUGCAAUUUUGUGUGAACGUUUGCCUGUCAAGCGGUGACGGUGGCCCUAAUAGUCCUAUCUUCAAUCUAGAUCAUACGGCGUUAGAAAAGAAUCUCGCUGCAAUAUUUAUUAAGGUCGCACACAGUUCGGCUACCACAAAACGUAGCGUACCUGCUUAUGACGCUCAAGUUUCAGCUAGUACUACCUUAUCGACCGUACCGUCGCCUUUAACAACCUUCACCACCGCUACGACUACAACGGCGACUAAGUCAACGACGACAACGACGACAACGACGACUAGAGCUAUAACAACCUCUGCGAUUAAUCCCUCGUUACAUUCUAUAAGAAUACCAGUACCUCGUGCUACAGCAUCGUCGGGUAUACGUGAUUUACCAUCGUAUGCACCGCCUUCGCGAGCCUUGUUUACACCACCCCUACCGCCGGAGUACCUUCAUCCAUUCGCCGACAAGCCAACGCUUAGGGGUACAAAUUCUGACGUACAUACUGGUGCAAGAAGGCCCGUACCACCACCUAGUCUUACCCCGGCACACGAGAGAAUACCAAUCAGGCCGCCUGACCUAGUACAAGUGCCUGCUUCCCAUGGCCCAGAGAGACACUCGCAUUCCAGGAAUAAAGCCAUCAAUACGAGCAACGCCAAUACAAAAUUUGGACUCGAAUUUGCCGAGAACGAGAAGAGAAAUAAUUCGAACGAGUUUGUACCGACUCUUCAUUAUCCAAGCAUAUCGCGGAUUCUUUCCGGUAGCAAUGGUAGAAAACAAGACAUUCCUGAGAUUCUUUUGAAACCGCUUGCUACAAAGAGUCCAUUGCAGAACGUACCAUUGGUUAUAACAACCGAGAGAAUGAGUACGUCGACGAUGAUGUUGGUAACGACAACACCCGCUACAGGAACGACUACUAUGAUGCCGAUGACGAGUACGGUCGAUCCGUUUAAGAAGAUUACUCAACCGACUAUUUUCAACCUGCCAAAUACGAGAAGGCAGGAGAAUGACGGCGAUUAUCAACAUGGUCUGAGAACGGAGAAUGGUUUCAAGACGGAUAAUAUCGAGAUAGUCGAUACAGAAAGACUGCCAUAUCCCCAACCUCAGCCACCGGCACCACCAUCGAAGAAACCAAACGACAAGGACGGUGAUUCUUUGGUACCUCACAUAGAUACGAAUCCUUCAGAAUCAAUAUGGAAAAUCGCCUGGUCUCUUCACGUUUACGUAGCGGCCAUCAUGUUUACUCUGAUGGCCUUGUAUUCGAUCUACAAGAUCGUUCGUUUCAACGAAGCUACCAAUCUUCUUACCCAGUCGUACUUCCUCGCCGUUCAUCUUCUUUUAACGACUGUCUGUACUCUGAGGUGUUUUCAUCUGUUCUACGAUGCCUACAAUUUGGGCCAUUCUUUGCCGGAACCAUUGUCACGUGUUUUAAUGUACUUACCGGCACCGUUGUUAUCGGCAGCCUUUGCAACGCUUAUGCUGUAUUUAGCCCGAUGCUCCGAGGCACCAUCGUUGAACAACAAACUCUUAUCUCCAGCUGCCCUAGUUUUAUUCUCAACCGUUCACAUAGUUUUAUGCGUCUCUCUCCACGUGUCCACUCACGUGUUAGGUUAUCGAGAUGAAGCAGAGAUAUUGCCCCUAGUUUGUCAGUGUAUCUACAUCCUUGUUUGCGUUGCACUCGGCCUCUGUUAUGUUUAUGUGUAUCGUAUCGUACGCUCGCAGAUACACAUUACGAACAAUAAGACUGCUGGUGUCAAUCACGUGGUCGCUGGCAUCGAUCCUUCGACCGUGGCAUUGAGUACAGCAAUUACGACGACCACAGCGACAGCAAUACUCUUCAUACUGAUAGGUUUUGUUCAGCUCUAUGGUAUAUUUGGCAUACGUGAACGUUCUCAGCCAUAUCCUUGGGUCUGGUGGGGUUGGCAGUUCUUCGUCAGGUUACUAGAACUCUCCGUUUGUGGGCUAUUGGUUUGGGUCGCUAGUCUCUCGCAGUAUCCCCUACGAGAGAAACAACUCCAACAGCAUCCAGCUCACUCGGGUUUUGCUCUAUUCCCGUGUGGCAGUUCCACGUCUACGGAGAACAUGGACGAUGUAUUGUAUCCAGCUAUAUGCAGCACAAAUCAAGCGAUACAAAAUUAUACCAUGAGGACUGGGAAACAAGUCUACGACGACAGUUUUCCACUUAACACGUUGCCCGAACAUUUGAACAUAUCAGGUACCUUCGAAAGGCAUUCCAUUCGCAAGUCCGGCACGAUGGGUCAUUUUCCGCAUGAAGGCCGGGGAUCAUUGAGUCGUCAUGGUAACGGUGUGCAAACUUUGAGAAAUUCCGAGAGUCGAGGCAGGCAUACACCUGUUCCGGCUUUACACGAGCAAGCUCCAACAACUGGGUCUACAAUGCUGGUGGCGGAAGACGGCUUCGUCAGGUUUCGAAAUUUAGGUGCGGAAGAAGACGAUUUAUCUGAUAGCCAGAGUAUGGUGGGAACUCAUGGUAGAGGGAGUUCGUUGGCCGGUAGCGUUAGAUUUAACGCGAGGCAUACCAACAUUCAACACCAACAUCAGCAUUCGCAGCACCAGCAUCCUAUUCAGCAUCAACAUCAGCAUCAACACUCGUUGCAACAUUCUCACCCGAGCCAACAUCAGACGAGUCAUCAUCAACUCUACAACAAUACGUAGAGAUUCGUCGUCGUGCUAAAUUAUUACGAUGAUGCGGCUUAGUGAACCUAUUUCAUCGUUUAUCAGCUGGAUACGUCAAACGGCUCGAUAAAUGGAUGGACUUAUCGAACAAAUAAAUAUAUCGCGUUAUAAUUAUAUAUAGAAAUAUAUAUAUAUAUAUAUAUAUAUAUAUAUAUAUAUAUAUACAUACACACACACACACACACACACACGCCAAUUGAGAGAACUGAUGAUCGUUAGAUAAAAAGCGUAAGACGCUUUUUCGUCGACAUUGUCGUAUAAUGUCCGAGUAAUUUUUUUAAUUUAUAUAUCUUUGCGAAACGCGGUAUCGCGUUUUCAUCGUCAUCGAAAAAAAAAAAAAAAGAAAAAGCAAAAGGAAAAGGAAAACGUGAAAAGUGUUCCCAGUGUGCUCUGCGCGAGUGUCGAUUUGUACCUCGCGAAUUAAAUUUUCUUGGAUGACUCUCGUUUCAUCAUGCAGGGAUGAGGGAUGAAAGUCCCUAGGUGUACCAAAAGUUUCUAGGCGAUAUUAAAAAUCAAUUUUACCACUUUUAAAGACAUUUAGGCUAAACUUUUUUUUUCUUUUUUUGUUUUUUCUUUCUUCUUUUUUCCCCUCAGAUUGUAAAACUACGACUCUAACUCGUCAAACUACAAAACCUAAACUAUGCGCCUGAUAAGUCUCGAAAAAAAAAAGUAAUUGAUUUUUAUAAUCACGUAGGAACUUUUGGCCUGUUCUGUAUUAUCGCGAAAAGAAGAUAUUGUCUCCCCCUUGUUGUAUAGAAGAAAAAAAAAAAAAAAGAAAAAAAUCAUUCCUAUAUAUUUCUCACUCCUCUCCUUUUUACGUGUUAUUAUCAUCACGUCUUAUUAACACGCGCAUCAUCUAACUUUGCGAGUCGAGCCGCUACCCCUACUGUAAUGUACUUAUAUUUAUUUUCAAUCUUCUAAUAGGCGAAGAAAGAAAGAAAGAAAACAAGUAAACAAGUAUACGAUGAAUUCUCGUUCAUGAAAACGAGAUUCAUGUUUCGUAUCUGGAUAGUCCAGGGUAUUUCGAGUCGUAACGUUAUUAAUUAGGCACUUGGUACUUAAUAAGAUGAUAAAUACGUGUGAUUGAAAAGAAAAGAAAAGAAAAAAAAAAGAAGUUAUACGGUAUCUCUCCCUCAACGUAAUGUAAUGGAAGCAAGCUUUAUUCUCAUAUAUAUUUUAUCAUUUUUUUAUUUAUUGUUAUUAUUAUUAUUAUUAGUAGUAUUAUUAUUGUUGUUAUUAUUCUCUAUCCGAUUAAUAUUAAAAUCGGCUAUGUGAAAUGGACUGGAAGAAUGAACGAUUCAAUUUUUUUUUUUUUUUUUAUAUAUAUAUACUGAUAACUUAUAUCCAUAAUAAUAAUAAUAAUAAUAAUAAUAAUAAUAAUAAUAAUAAUAAUAAUAAUACAAUAAAAAAAUAAUAAUAGAUGGUCGAUAAAAAAAUAUUUUGCCUUUUGUUCAAUAUGGCGCUAUAUAAUACGUAAAUCACACAUCUGUUCUCUUUUGGUGCGCUCGUCCUUUAAAUUCUCGCAUGUAUUCAAAAUGACGUCCGUUUUACUGAUGUUCAAUGGGAGAUAUAUUUUUCAAUCAAAAACACCCAUACAUACUAAAAAGUAAAAGUCGAUCAUGAUUUUUCAAACGUAUAUUAUUAUUUAAAAAGAAAAAAAAAAAGAAAAAAGAAAAACGCGAUUAUCUCAAAAACGGUAUAUUCUAAAAGGAGACAUAUUCUCGUAUUGAAAGCUAAUUAUUGUCGAACUAAACGAAAAGAAAAAAAGGAAUACACCGUUUGUACAGUCAAUAUUAAUAAUUGAUAAUUUAACGACCGAUCGUUAUGAAUGUACAUUUUAUUCAUCGUCCAACAACCCUCUUUGAGCCGUAUAAAAUUGAUUAGUUUUAUUUAAAAAAUAUAAAUUAAACAAUCAAUUUUGAUAUCGAUGUUCCUUUUAGCGCAUGUCAAAGUUAUUUAUAAAAUAUAAUGCAUUUAUUAUCAAUGUUCUUAUAUAUUAUGUUUUGAAAUAUUCAUCAAUUGUUAAUUAUGCAAAAAAUGAAAACAAAAGACAGGAGGAAAUCACAUAAUAUUUAUUAUUAUUGCAAAUACACGUGCACUGACGUUAAGUUUUCUCUUGGCAAGUUGCAAUAAGGUCACGUGAUGAAAUCAAUGAGAAAAAGGAAGAAGGUGCAAUGUACCUUUACAAUGCUAUCUAAGUUAUUUUAGAAAUAAUAUCAGAAUGUGUGUGGUCAUAGUAUUGAAGCAUUGUGUAAUUUUAAUGUUAUACGUUUAUAGAAGAGGCUACGGAGGGUUUAGUUUAAGUUAUAAGAACUUUGAACAUAUGUUUAAUUUAUAUUAUUAAGAUUUAGCAUUAAAUUAGACAUAUGAGAUAUAUAUAUAUAUAUAUAUAUAUAUAUAUAUAUAUAUAUAUAUAUCAUUAAUUUUUUAGCGAGCAAAUACAAGCGAAUAAGACAAUUUGACAUACGAGCCAGUAAUUAUUUUUCUUAUUUUUGUAUUUUUGUGUUUUUAAAAAUGUUUUUUUUUACUUCUCAGAACCUAAUGGUACAAAGUAGGAGUUUCUACUUUUCCUUUCGUAUAUUAAUAUAUAGGCUUAAGCAGUCGUGCAGUCUGUAUGUUUAUAUUGACAUUGUAAAUACGACGGUACAUAUACACAGACUCUUAUAAUUGAUGAUAAAUAUAUUUGUCACACGGUAGAUUUUUACAUGAAAAGACGAUUCAAAAAUCUAUCGGUAGGUUGUGCGCAAUUUUAAUUCUCGACAUCAUAUCUCAAUUGUAAAUUCCAAUGAACACGCUCUCGUUUUUUAAUUUAUAACAGAAAUCUGUAUUUAUUAUGUGAGAAACACAUUCCACAGAGAGAGAGAGAGAGAGAGAGAGAGAGAGAGAGAGAGAGAGAGAGAGAGAGAGAGGCGAAUUAGUGGAAUUUUAUUGCUAUUUUAGAUUAACAUAAUACCCGGAAAAGAGAGAGAGAAAGAGAGAAAAGAGAGAGAGAGAGAGAGAGAGAGAGAGAGAGAGAGAGAGAGAGAGAGAGAGAGAGAGAGGAACAAAUGUGUAAAUAAAAGCUUUUUGCGAAAUAUUAUAUGCUCGUCUCAGCUUAUCAUUUUCUAAUAAGUAUUUCAAUAUGUUUAUGCGGGUUUGUAUGAGUUACAUGCGCGUAGAUCUCUGUAUGUGCGUAUACUGUACAUAGAUAUGUAUAAAUGUAGAUAAGUGAUAUCUCUAAAAGACACCAAAUAACUUAAAUGUAUUGCUCUUUGAAAUUAUGAUUUAUGUAAAUAAUUGAAUUGUAUUUUGCAUUUCGAAAAAUUGGCACACCAAAAAUUUCAAGAGUAUUAAUUCAUAUUGAAUUCAUUUGAAAUCGUAUUAAAUUUUCUCUAUGAUUAUUUUCUUGUCUAUCGUGAUGUCUGAAAUUUUUGAAAAUUAUUUAAAAAAAUAAGAGAUAAUUAGACUUUUGUAAAAUUCGAUUUUUUGUACGUCGAAUCCAAUAAUUAGUAUAUUCGAAAGAAGCGGAUAAUAGAAAAAUGGCCGUAGAUGUCGCCUCGGACGGAUUAAUAUAUAUAUAAAUAUAUUUUUUUAAAAGUAA